UUAGUAUGGUUUAUAGCAUUCUUAAUUAAAAAAAAGAAGUAAUCUUUGUUUACCGCAUGGCUUAGCUUAAUAUCGGGUAGAUGUCGUGAGCUAGCCAGCUUAUUAUCUGGCUUGUGAGUUGUGUGCUGAGCAGCCUUCUGCUUAAAGUUCUCGUAACUGUGACGGGCAAGACCACGUCUCUGGAGAUGACGCUACAGUGGACUGCAGUAGCUCUUUUCCUGUACGUGGAGAUUGGAAUCCUCCUCAUCUUCUGCCUGCCCUUCAUUUCAGCAAGGAGAUGGCAGAAUAUAUUCCAGUUGAGUAUUUGGAACCGGGUGGCCCGAUUUGGGAACAAGUUCUUCCUCACCAUGAUCAUUGUCCUGGUUGUCCUAUUCCUCGAUGCUGUGCGAGAGGUGAGGAAGUACUCUGGGUCGGAGCAGAGCAAAGACCCCAAGCUGCAUCCCAACAUGUUUGAUCACCUUCACAUGAAGCUGUUCAGAGCCCAGAGGAACCUCUACAUCUCUGGCUUCUCUCUCUUCCUUUGGCUGGUGAUGAGGAGGGUGACCACCCUGAUCAGCCAGCUGGCCAGCGCUGAGAGCUCUACUGCCUCGCUGCAGACCCAGGCAGACAGCGCUAACCAGGCCGCCAAGCAAUACAUAGAGGACAACGAGCUCCUGGAACAGACUCUGCUGGAGAGGAGAGGAGAUGAGGCCACAAGGGAAGGAAACCAGAUGCUGAGGAAGGAGGUGGAGAAGCUGAAGGCUGAGCUGAAGGGCUCUGAAGAAGUAUUGAGGAGGUCCGAGGCGGAGCUGCUGGCCCUGAAGGAGCAGCAGGAGGGUCUAACCCUGGAGUACGACUCACUGAUGAAGGAACACCACAAGCUGCAGAUUCUCCAGGAGGAAGGAGGCGACAAAAAGGAUCUGUAGUUCAGCACCGUUUCCUUGUUUACAGAUCAGAACCAAGCAACACCACCCAUCCUUACUGCAUGUGCAUCACACAGGGUGUACUCUGGAGACCCCACCCCUCUCCACCCCUCCUCCCUCACCUGGCUUAUAGUGUGCGUGUGGCUUGUAAUAUGUAUAUGUGUAUGAGGAACUGGGGUCUGUGAAUGUGUAUGUAAUUGCAGCAUGUGAUUGGUGUGUGUGCUGUAAUUAGAAAGGCCCAUAUAAUACUGCUGUGAGCACUUCCAUGUGUAAUGCUGUGGAUGUCUAUGCCACCAACACGCUUGAACCUGUACCCUAGGGUCACACACCUGUACCCUGGGGUCACACACCUGUACCCUGGGGUCUGGAGCAGGAUUCUACUGUAGACCGCUCCUCAAGAGUUUCCACACAAAAAAACUAUUACUAUUUGUGCAGUUUGAAUAUUUUAUAUCAAUGUCUUUUUUUCUUUGUCACAUCACAUGUUUUGCGGCUUUAAUUUACAUAUGGUUGAAUGUGAAUUGCCGAUAAUAAAGAGUUUCUUUUUUGUUAAA